AUGAWUGACUCUAGUCCUAAUGUGGAGUCGCUGUACAAUAUGGCAUUAAAUCAAUUAUGUCAUAACAAAGAUAUACCAAGUAUGUUAAAGUUAUUACAACCAACCAUCAGCUUACAAAUUAUAUGGAAGAUCUUGCGUGUCAACAAUGGUAGCAAAGAUUUUAUGUAUAAUCAUACGCUCCCCGAUAAAAACUCACUCCAAGAGCAGUGUUCACUUGAUCGAGGACGUGAACUUGCACAUAUUACAUUAAUGAACAAUUAUUCAAAUUCUUUCUAYGAUUUAGAUAUGAGAAGAUCAGAAAUUUAUAAAAUUCAUGGAGAAUUUGCCAUCACUCAACAAACCAAAUUUGUUGAUUGUUCAAGUUUUUCUUAUCAUUUUGACUUGGAAUUAUUGUUAAGAUUGGUGAAUGUUGCCAAUUGUCGAGGGCAACUUUUUACAAUAUUUCAAAUUUGUGUACAAAUGAAAGGACUUAAAUUUCCAAAGGAGUUAUCAGAUGAAUGGAUGAAAAUUAAAAUACUUGAUAGCACUCAUGAAAUAAUUUUUCAUCGAAUUGAACAAGGUCUAAAAUUAGGAAUUUUUCUUGGUGAUGCCGGCUGGCUAGAAGAGUGUGCUCAAGUAUUAUCUCACACAUACAGAAUAAUUACCACAAAAUGGGUUUGUCUUGAUAAAAACUUAGAAUUGUUGAAAAUUACCCAAUGCCUGACUAAAUGGUUAUUAGUGGUGUCCAAGUUGAAUAAAUAUGAUGAAGCUAAAAUGGUCUUAAAACAUAUGACAAAUACUAUUGAGAUCAUUGAAAAGAAAGAAGAAAGAACAUUUAGUAUGGCAUAUGCUUAUGUGGCGAUUUCACAGUACUAUUGUGCAUUAUUGGAAUUUGAUAAGGCUUGGUYGUGGGCAGUUGAAGCUAUCAAUGAACUUAGAGAUAAAAGUAGUAAAUUCUUGAGGCUGCUAAUUGGAAAUCAUGCCAUUAGGGUUUGUACUGUGUUGAACAAAUUGAACACAGCUAAAAAUUUGAUAAAUCAAUUGCGCACAUUCAAAGAUAAAAUGUAUCUGAACAAUCAUAUUGAAAUGUUAUUAAAUGAAGCAUUCUACUCAAUGAAAGCAGAAUUGACAGAAGAAAGUAUUCACAGUUACUUGAUUGCACUAGACUGUACACGGAAUUUGUUUGGUUACUUUAAUUUAAAUACUGCAAUUGCUUUAGUUGAUUAUGCGUAUGCUCGAUAUUUAAGCUAUAAAUCAGUAACUGACUAUAAUGAAGCUAUGCAGAGCUUGGAACAAGGCAUAUUUAUCGUUGAAACAUUGAGUUCACCAUGUUCAAUGAACAAAGAGUCAUACACCUAUAUGUUACAUGUUAAUAUUCAACGGAUAAAAGCAUUAAUACUAGAAAAAGCAGUAUCAUAUGAACUAAUGGGAGAUGUACAUAAUAUUAUGCAAAUUAAUAUAUUGAUGCCAGGAAAUGAAGGAAAUCGACGGUAUAUAAGACAUACGACGAUGCCGUUGUCAUCAAGGAAGAAAUUAUUAAUUCAAGCUGAAAGUAUCCAUUCAAACGCUUUAGAAAUUACUUUGAAAACAGUAGGAGUACAAACUCUGCUUUCAGCAAAAUCAUUUAGUAAUUUAGGUCAAAUUUAUCAAAGUCAGAAAAAAUAUGAAGAAUCCGAAAAAAUGUAUUUAAAAGCUAUUGAAAUAAAAAGAUCGAUUUUAGAUGAAGACAAUGCAGAAAUUGCUAUAUCUUUAGGUAACUUGGGUUGUUUGUACAUAAAAUGGCAAAAAAAAUUAAAAAAGAGCAAACUACUUCUUUUGAAAUCUUCAAAAAUGUUUAUAACUAAUUAUGUGUACCAAUACAAAGAAUUACUACAUGUUUUGGAAGGAUUAAAAUCACUUUUUAUCACACAAUUCAAUCAUGAUGGUUUUAAUCUAUGUAAUGAUCAUCUCAUAAAAACUAGGUUAUUAAGAAAAGCUUGGUUACUUCGUUUAAACGCUGCAGUUGAUGAAGACUAUACAAAGGAUGGAAUUAGAACUGAUAAUGACGAUGAACUUGAAGGUUUUGGGGGCUGUUAA